AUGAAUCCAACGUCGUCAUCAUCGGUGGCGCCAGUACUGGCUGAUUAUCAUAAAAAAGCUACAAGUUUACAUUCGAGAAUAUUAAAAAAUGAAGAAGAACGUAUCGAACUCGAGCGUAAACUACGUUCAUUAUCGAGCAUUGAUACACGUUUAAAACAACGACAGCAAGUCGAAGAUAUUCAAGCAUAUUUUACACAACUCAAUCAAGAAUCUCAACGAGCACAACAGCGGAAUUCAAGUUUACUGAAUGAUUUAACGCAUGCUGAACAUAAUUUGAAUCAAUUACGUAUUGAUGCUGAACAAUUGAUACAUUUGAAAAAUGAUUAUUUACAAUAUUUAGAAUCUAGUUAUCCAAAUAGACAAAAAAAUCUAUCCCCACGAAGGAGUACAGAUAUUAGCAAUACUCGAGAUGAUUUUGAUCGUUUACGUCAACAACAACAAGCUGAUGGAAAUCUUCGUUAUACAAUACCAAAUGCAACACAUCAAUUGGAUAGUAUGGAUACUUCUAUGUUAUACAAGCGUUAUGAAGAUCAUUUAAAAGUUGGCUUAGAUCGUACGAAUUUAUCUACAGCAAAUAAUGAAUUAAAAAAUGACCAUCAUCAAGAUGAUCCAUCAACAUCGGAUAUAUCAUCGAAUACAUUUUCACGUUCGAAACGUACAGGUUCACUUCGAAUGGAAUUAAAUCGUUCGGGCCUUUUUUUUCUAUUGGAUUAUAUUGAAAAAGAAUUAAUUGAUACUAUUGAUAAAAAGAAAUUCUAUCGUCAUGAUCCACCAACAAUAACACAAAAACGUACAAUACUCGAUAUAGCUAAUGAACAACAACAAUAUGCCGUCAAAGAUCUCGAUGCAACAACGGCAUCCAUGGUUGUGCUUGAUCAAUUGCCAUCAACAAUACGUCGUAUAACGAUUAAUAAAUGUUUACUAACAGAAGAUAUACUUUCAGCUAAUAUAAGAGAUUUAGAUAAAGAUAUUGUAGCAAAAAUGUUACCUGAACAAGAUCGUUUAUUAUGGACAAGAUUAAUCGAUCAUUUUACACGAUUAUUAAAAUUACAUAUCAUGAGUUCACAAACGUUAGCAAAUAAAUUUGCGCCGGCACUAUUACCAAGUAGUUCGAUUUAUUUACAUGAUAAAUCGAAAAGUCUAUUAAAACAUGUUGUUGAGAAAAUUGUUGGAAUACAACAUUCAAGUUCCGAUGAUGAUACAUCGACAGAUAAACGACAACCAUUACAACCGGCGACUAAAACAAAUACAAAUUCAUCAUCGUCAUGGUUGAAUAAAUUAAAGUCAGGUGGAAUUAUGGAUGAUGACGACGAUGAAGUAUCAUCGCCAUUGGCGCCAAAGAAACAUCUUAAAUCGACUAGUUCAGCAUCAACAACACCGAGAACAAAUGUUAAUGAAGAUGAGAGUGAUUUAGAAUUUUAUAGUUAA